AUGCGCUCAGCAGACCGACGCAACUGGUGCCAGCAGGCUGGUCCAAGCUCUCGCUCGACUUUGCCCGGGUCGAAAGCGCAAGUGCUGGAGGCCGUCGUUGUCGAGCUCGAGCUUCUCAAAGUCCAGGCGGGCGCGUCGCCCAACAUCCACGCCGCUGCCUCUCCAGCCCAACCAGGUGGCACCAGCACCGACGACGUCCCAGGCAAGGAUUCAGCAGAGGGCGGCACGAUUCUGCGGAGGAUUGGCCGAUACGGGCAGGAGGGCGGCAGCGCAGUCUCGGCGCAGGCACCGCGCAUCCAUUCGGCGGGUGCGCUUGGAUCGGCAAGCAUGGGUCGUCGGAUCGAAUCGCAGACACCAACGAUGCUAUCCAUCCUUUCUGCGCAGGAAGGAGCGCGAAAGGCAGCCUCGGCCGAUAAGAUAUUAAAGCCGGGUCGGUCACGAAGCGUUCUGAGACCGCAUGCAGGCCUCGGAAACGGCCCGUCUUGCUUCCACCCCGCCUACACCUUUACGCCCAUUUCGGCCAUCUCGUUGCUCGUCACGGCGCAAAAGUCGCAGCAUAAGAAAGCGUCCGUCUGCAGUCGAAGAGCUGCGUCUCUGGCUCAGAAAGACCUCUUUGUCGGCGGCUACGCCGUCGCUGCUGAGCUUCACGCUUUGCUGGCGCGCCAGCGCCCUGGGCUUCGAUGGGUGGACCCAGGCGCAGAAGCCUGCAGCCGUCUGCGCGCGGAGGUGUCGCUGGCCAAACAGAGCUCGCGCGGCCACGGCGCCCUGGAAGCCUUGGCACACUGGCCGGACGCGCCUCGCUCCGCGUCCGUGUUUACACUCGCCUCUCGCCUUGGCACCGCAGGCGAGCUUCAAUUCUCCGCCCGCCUUCACGUCGAUCCUCUGGGUCAACCGUCGGUCGUACCCAUCGAUGCCGGCUUGCCUCGUAUCAUCUCCGAGCUUCGAUAUGUGCUUGCAACGGACAUUACGCAGAGUCAUUCUCGCGCUCAGUCGAAGGCCGACAGAUCGGAUGUUGCACCGAGCGAGGCAGGCAGGCAGAGGGGCGGCUGCAGACCCAACAGCCUCCAAGAGCUCAGCCCCCGGUCGCCAUCACCAUCCGCCAUCCGCCAUCAGGCUGCCUACUCGCUGAUCUCCACCAUCCACAUCCUGUUCCCGUCCAAUACGCCGCCCUAUUUCGACAUCCACCCGCAGAGUUGA